AUGUCACUGCCAAGUCGAUUAACUACAUCAUUACUAAGACUGCUGGUAUCAGGCUUAAGAAAUCAUAUUCAUCAUCAUUCAUCCCAUAUUUUAUCACCCUCAUUCAUCAUACCGACAAGAUUUAAUUCAAAUUUAUCAACUACUAAUAACAAAUUAAAACCAAUCACAGCUAAACCAAACAUAAAGAAAAAGAAUACCAUUCAAAAAAACUUAAGAAGAACAGAUCCAACUUUCUUAAAUGAAUCAACUAAUUAUAUCUUAUCUUUAUUAAAUGAUAAUAAUCCAAAUGAUAAUCCUUCAGCAAAUUUAGAAAAAUAUUUAUCAAUAGUUACAUCAGUCACUCUUGGUGAAUCGAUUGAUUUAGAUAAAUUAUUUUCGGCAUUCAUUGGUUAUGAUAAUGUCCUGGUCAUUAUACCUGAUGAAGUUAUUAAUAUCAAAAUUAAUAAUAAAGAUUUAAUGAUACUUUCAAAUGGGACAGUAGUAGGAUGGAAUUUAACUGAAUCAGAAAUCUUACAAUUCCAUCGUAAUGAUAAAUAUUUCCAUCAUUAUAUUAAAGAUACUUAUCCUGAGUUUGAAUCUGAAGAAAUGGAUUGGAUAGAAUUAGAUUCAAUCCCCCCUCAAUUCCCCUUAAAUAAUGGAAAUUCAUAUUUACAAGGUGAAAUCAUGGUAGUUCAAGGUCAAACUCCUUCGAAACGGAUUCUUGAUAAAGCAGCUUUCGCCAUUGGAUUAUCUCGAUCCACAAGAUUAUCCAUCUUAGAAAAUCAAUUUGAAAAUCAUUUAUUAAUCACCAAGAAAAAUGCUGAAUUCUUAUCAAAGGGGAAUAAAAUUAUAAUGACUGAAUCUGAUUUUUUAAAACUUACCGGGGAAUUGUUUUUAAUAAGAGGGAAAUUAAAUUUAUAUAGUGAAUUAAUUGAAACUCCCGAUUUAUAUUGGAGUGAACCAAGUUUAGAAAAAAUUUAUAAUUCAGUAUCGAAAAUCCUUGAUAUCCAAUCUAGAAUCUCCAUUUUGAAUCGAAAGUUGGAUUAUGCUACGGAGGAACAACGUGCUUUCUUAGGAGUAUUGAAUGAAAAGAAAAGUACUAGGUUAGAAUGGAUUAUUAUUAUUUUAAUCAUGGUUGAAGUUGGAUUUGAAUCUUUUCAUUUUUAUGAAAAGUAUUCUACAUCGAACGAUCAUUUGAAACAACCACAAUAA